AUGGGCAACCCACCUACUUGGCUUCUCCAGCAGCUUAUCCCUCCUCUUCUGCUCACUUACUUCUACUUUGCAUGGAAGAUAUCGACAUUUGAGCUCGGUCCUCAUCUGUUGAAUGAUCCGAGUAUAUAUCGCUUGAUCAGCUAUUUUUACCUAAUCUUCCCGACCCUCUUUAUCCUUCCUAUAACCCUACUGUACAUCCGACUAUACUUCCUCCCCUCAUCCCAAUCUAUACCGCCCUUCGAUCCUCCUCCAGCCAUCAGGAAUGGACAUGUCAUCUUCCAAUGCCUACCACCAGCAGAAGCUAACGCUAUUCGCCUUGCCGAUAACGUUCCGCACGACGAUGAUGAACCGAUGAUAGAGAGAUGCUACAGAGGUAAAUGUGGCGGACGAUGGAAACCUGCUAGAACGAGACACUGUAGUUUGUGUGGGAGAUGUAGAGCAGGCUGGGAUCAUCAUUGUGUAUUUUUCGCAAAUUGUCUCUCAGCACCGUACAUGCGGACCUUCCUCGCCUUGCUCCUUUACACUCCCCCAACGAUAUUCAUCAUCUCCUUACCGUUAUACAAAUCACUCUACAAUCGAGCUAAAGAAGCCUACCUCUUCUCGAGAUCAGACGACAGUAUACGACAGAAAUGGUGGAACUGGGGAUACAGUUGGGUUAUCGCUGGGGGACCGAUUGGUCGAUAUGCUGGAGGUACCGUCCUCGGCUGGAGGAAGUUAGAUAAGUCAGAUGAAGAUGGUGGUGGAUUGGUGAGGUUGAAUAUUGGUUUGAUGGUUGGGUUUGGGAUUAUACUAGCUUUGAUUACCAUUGGUCUCGCAACCACCACUCUCAGCUUGAUACUCAAAGGUGAUCUAACGAUAGAUAGGGGACGAUCCUCCGCUCAUGGUCAAGCAUUAUCGGCCAUAUAUCGUCUCAAAUCUCAAGGUAGACCUAUCCCACCUCAUCUGGAAAACAAUGUAUCAAGAUUUUCAGAUAGACGAUGGUUCUUCAUUCCUCUACCACAGGAACUACAGACGCAGGAUAGGGAAGGAAUAAUACUUCAGACGCUCGAGCAUGAGAGGCCGUAUGGUCAUGGAUGGAGGCAGAAUCUGCGGAUCGUACUUGGUAGUAUGACUUCUUGGAUAUACCCUUGGAAUGCGAUAAGGAAAGGGAUGGGGGAGGAAGUAUUCUUGUGGCCCAUUACAGAAGAUGUGGAGAAGAGAUUGAGGGCAGAGGCGGAGAGAAGGGCCAAGGAGGGCAUGCUCUCAGAACGAACGUAG